AUGGCUGCUACAGAUUUUAUCAGCAAUUGGCUGAACCAGCCGAUAUACCAGGGGCAUCUGUACACCGACGCAACAACACAGACACCCCCGCCACGCGACGAACCGUCUGCGGACGCAUCGCCGUAUUCGACGGCAAGUUUUCCUGCCGACCCCGUACCGUCCCCAAAACCGAAGAUCCACAUCAGCAGUGGUAACGACGGAGCAGAAAUCAGAUUCCCCUUGGGAGAAAACGUCUUCGCUACCGCUGGACAUUACAAAGGAAAAGCAACGCUGGCAAUGCGUUAUUUCUACAGACCACGGCCUGACCAGGAGGACGUAUGGAAGGGUGGCAAGAAGGGGGUGGUUCUAACCCCCGAACAAUGGAGGACUCUUAAGCGCAACAUGUCCGGUGUGUCGGCAGCUCUGUUGGCUUGUACGUUCGCCGCCAUGCCCUACGACACGACCAUGUUCUCACCUCGCCGCUUUCACCUGGGAAACCUGACAUACGCCAUCGUGGAGGUCUUCAAAGGGUCAGCGGUGGUGGCAAUCAGAGAAUUUUAUCGGCGAAGCCCAGAAGACGGCGACAAUCUACUACCGGGCAAGAGAGGGCUCAACCUAUCUGCAGAACAGUGGAAGGAGCUGCAGGAGCACAGUGAGAAGAUGGAUGCGGUACUUGAAGCUGUGGCAGAGAACACGAUGGUCCUGACCGACAAGCUGCUGAGCGACAUUGCUGGUCUGUGA